UCCCGUCCCCCCCGUUGCUCAUUCUAUUGGUUCCCGGGAUCGACUCGACCUAUCGGCUAUGAUCUUGCUUUGACUUGUUGCCAAGGAAAACUGCAACAGGGUUGCCUAGGUUUCCUAACGCAGCUGCGGCCUGCAGAUUUUUCCGAGCCCGAAAGCCUGGCAGGCAUCGGGUAUGCUUGCGACCCGCGACCGUGAAGGGCUGCGAUGGAAAGCGAUAAGAAAAGAACUAAAGAUGAUACUUGGAAAUCAGAUGAACUAAAAAAGCAUCUUAAGGUCUCUCGAUCCAAUAGUCAGUCUGAAGACAAGAGGCAUCAUCAGCGAAAACCACGAGACAGUGGCAGAAAUGAUAAUGAAGAUCAUGACGGCAACAAAGUGGCUUCAGAGGCAGAUCCAGAGAAGGACAGAGUUAAAGUAAAAGAAAAAUUAGGAGAAAGAAUAAGAUUUAAAUCAAGUGAAAGACACAGAGAGGAAAGGAGGGACAAAGGAAGAGAGAAAGAUCAAGCUAGAGAUCACGAGAGAGAGAUUAGAGCAAAUCAUGAUGUCAAAGAAGAAAAAUAUGUCUCUGGAAGAAGUGGUGAAAGACACAGUGGUAAAGAGAAGGACAGGAAACCUAAGAAAGAUGAACACAACCAAACAUUGCCACGAAAUAGUGUAGAGAGGGAAAGAGAUAAAGAACAUGAGAGGAGGAGGAGGAGAAUUAGCAGGGAUUACUCUGAUCAUUCAAAACUAAAAGAUGAAGAAAGAGUGAGAAAACAUCAUUCAGAGAGAAAGAAAGAAACUAGUUCAGGGGAGUUUUCAGCAAACAGAAGUGAAGAACAUGAACAGAGAUACAAAUCAUACAAGGAUGAAGAAUCAGAUAAGGAGAAGAGAAGGCGGCACAGGGAGAGGAAAAAGCACAGAUCCUUUGCAGUGGAAGAAAAGGAGAAACCUUUGAAAUUAAGAAAUUCCAUGUCUUCUACAGAGGGGGAAGAAGAUCAUACACCUAAGAGACAUAGAGAGAGAUCCCACCACCGCGACGACAGAUAUCACAAAGAGAACAGGAAAAAAAGAGAGGAAGAGGAGAGUGAAAAAAAGAAGAGAGACCACAAGCACAGAGAACACAGGAAUGAAAGGAAAAGGGAUGAAGAGGACUUACAUUAUCCACGUGAAAGAAAUUCAAAAGAAAAAAUGAAGAAGCAUGGCAAGAGUGAAAAAGAGAAUGGAAAACGAGAGCACCACAAAACUGAUGGUUCAUCAGCACCACGUCUCAAAAGGCAAGGAAAUGAAGACGGUGGACAAAAUGAACCGAAAAAGGAAAGCCUUUGUGAAGAUUAUAAUGAUUCUGUAAAUUAUGAAGAUGAUUUUGAGGACUAUGAAGAUGAUUUUGAUGACUUUGAUGAUGAAGAUGAUGAAAGUAGCCAGAAUGCAAAAAGUGAAAAAGAAGGAGCAGAAGCAGGAUUACAGAAAGUUACUGUAGCUAAGAACUCAGAAGUAGAAGAAAUUCAGAAAGCAAUUAAUGCGGAAAAUGAAAAGAUUAAGGCCUUCCUUCCCAACUCAAGAAAGAAUGAACAUCUUCCAAAAGAUCAUGAAAAAUACCCAAGAAUAGAAAAGCAAGUUUCACUGGCUCAGUGUCCCACAUCUGGAAAAUUCAUUGAUUUCCAAAUGGCCCAACAACGGCAAAAUAUCAGAAAAGUUGCCAAUCAACAGAAGAAACGUAGCUUUGAACUUCUUCGUCUCAUUGACCUGGAUUUUUCAGUCAGCUUCUGUUUGUUGGAUUUGCCUCCAGUAAAUGAAUAUGAUAUGUACAUUCGAAACUUUGGGAAAAUAAACACCAAACAGGCUUAUGUGCAGUGGAAUGAGGAUAAUCUGGACAGAGAUAUUCAGACAGAGGAAAUAGAAACUCAAGAAAAAUGGACACAGCAUCCUGGAGAAACCGCCCUUGUAUCUGGAGGUCCCAAAAGCAGUCACGAUGUAACUGCCAUUACACCAAAGAUUGAUUCCCAGAGACUAGCAAACUUCCUACGAUCUGCUUGUCAGGUGAUCGAAGUUUUACUUGAGGAAGAUCAAGUAGCAACACAGCCUAGGCGGAAUCUAAGAUCACGGCCAUCCAGUCUAUCUAUUAGCGAUAGGUGCUUCCAGUUAAAUACAAAUCUUCCCUUCCUGGAUGGCCGCAGGAUAUCCUGUCUGCAUAUCUCACAGGCUCAGAGACAGGCUUUGCUUUCAGUCCAUGGACUUCCAGAAACAUCCAAUGACCUAUCACUGGAUAGCAAAUACAUCAUCUGUGUGUGGAAUGUUUGGCAGCCUUCUAGUCCUCAGAAAUUACUGCUUUGUGAAUCUCAGGUGACCUGUUGCUGCUUUAGUCCUUGUAAAGCUACUUUGGUGUUUGCUGGAACAGUUGAUGGUUCAGUCCUGGUGUGGGAUCUCAGAGAAGACUCAAGGAUGCACCAGUGCAUGAAAGUUAAUGAAACAGAUUGGACGUUUAGAUCUCCUACGUUUUCUACUGAUGGAGUGUUUACCGCAAUAAAUCACGCUUGUACUGUAUUGACCAUUGAACCUGUUUCCACCUCUGUCUUCAAGGAGCAGAACUGUGGGUUCUCCUAUCUCUCUGUUCAGGAAGAAAUGCUUGGACUUUCAUUUCAGAUUGCUUCGAUGGAUGAAAAUGGGACUCUUAAUCUAUGGGUGGUUGUUGAACUUCAAAAAGGAGAUUUGUCUGGCUCACAAAAUGAUUUAGGAUUAAUUCCUGGGGGGAAAAUUAAAUUGGUUCAUAGCUCUACCGUUCAGCUGAAUUGCAGUAUUUCUCCAAAAGAUUACACAUUUCUGGGGGUGCCCCAGACACUGAACAUUAAAUUUCUGCCUUCAAAUCCUAAUCACUUUGUUGUUGGAACCGAUGCUGGUUUUGUGAGCCACGGCACAAGGCAUGAGCUGAAAGUCCCUCCCAAGUGGUUCAAACCCCAGCAGGGGGGACCAAGAGCAACCCAAGUUAAUGCAAUAGAUUUUUCGCCUUUUGGAAAGCCGAUCUUUUUGGUGGGCUGUUCAGAUGGGAGCAUUAGACUUCACCAAAUGGCUUCAGAGCUUCCACUUAUGCAAUGGAACAACAGCACAGCGGGACAGUCAGUAGUCACCCUCCAGUGGGCUCUAACCAGGCCAGCUGUGUUUUUUGUUUUGGAUGCCACAUCUGUAGUUUAUAUUUGGGAUCUCUUGGAAAAUGAUUUGUCACCUGUAGCCAAACAGCCAGUCUGGUCCGAUAAGAUUACAACAAUGGCUGUACUGGGUGAACCUGAGAAACCAAGUGGCGUUCUGGGCAUAGCACUUGCUAAAGAAUCUGGAAUAAUAGACAUUAAGUAUGUCAAGAAGAUAUGGGCCCUGCCUCAGCCAGACGAGGCGGAGAAAUUAAACCUGCUUUUGCAGCAGGCCUUAUAAAAUGCAAACAGGCCUGUAUCUGAAUGCACAAAUAUGGCCUCAUGGUUUGAAAUGAAUUUGUUAAUGUGUGGGAUUUAGCAGAAUAUUGCAUGGCUGAAAUAUUUUUUUAAAUUCCUAUUUGUAAAUAGUAUUUAUAUGUUUUAAGAUGUAUCAACACAGUAUUUGGACUUGAGCUAGAGAACAUUUUUAUGAAACACAGAAUAAAUAUUUAUGAAAGCAUCCCUUUAAAAGAAAUAUAUUUGUUUCAAAUACGCUAUGUACUGUAAAUCUUUAUACUUAUUUUUGGAAUAAAACUGAACAUAU